ACUGAGAAUGGGUCUGUGCAGCUUAAAGGGCGUGCUGUCCCUUUAAGAGGGAGAGACGGUGGGACCAGAGGAAAGGAGGUGUCGAGUUCCUGCUGUUUCCGGCAGCACCUGCCCUGCGUAGCAGUCUCCGGCGUCGCUUUUGCAACCAGCAGAGUUCACUUCCAAAAAUCUCAUCAGGAUAUUGGCGCAUGAAUGGCAGCUGUGAAUGACCUAACGUUCCAAGAAUUUGAUGAUGCAGCCAACUUGUUGGCAGCAAAUCCAGAUGCUGUCACAAUAAGCAUUGAUGAACCUAAUGAGCCAAAGAAGAAGCAUGGGCAGCGGCAAAAUUCUGGGAGAGAGGAGGAUGAUGAACUGUUGGGAACAGAUGACUCUGACAAAACUGAGUUGCUUGCUGGGCAGAAGAAAAGUGCCCCAUUCUGGACAUUUGAGUAUUACCAAACAUUUUUUGAUGUGGAUACAUACCAGGUUCUGGACAGAAUCAAGGGUUCAGUCUUUCCAGUACCAGGGAAAAACUUUGUAAGAUUGUACAUCCGUAGUAAUCCUGAUCUUUAUGGUCCCUUUUGGAUAUGUGCCACAUUAGUUUUUGCUAUUGCUAUCAGUGGCAAUCUUUCAAAAUUCUUCAUUCAUCUGGGUGAGCGUCCAUACCAUUAUGUGCCUGAUUUCCGAAAAGUGUCCAUAGCUGCAACAGCCGUCUAUGCUUAUGCUUGGCUGGUCCCUCUAGCUCUGUGGGGAUUCCUUAUGUGGAGAAACAACAAAGUUAUGAACAUUGUCUCCUACUCCUUUCUUGAGAUUGUGUGUGUUUAUGGCUAUUCGCUCUUCAUUUAUAUUCCAACAGUGAUUUUGUGGAUAAUUCCACAAGAAGCUCUCCGAUGGGUUUUGGUGGUAUUUGCUCUGUGUCUUUCAGGAUCUGUCUUAGUGAUGACAUUUUGGCCUGCUGUUAGAGAUGACAACCAAAGGAUUGCAAUAGCUACAAUUGUGACAGUUGUACUUCUCCAUGCCUUGCUUGCUGUCGGUUGCUUGGCAUAUUUCUUUGAUGCUCCUGAACUGGAUGUACCUCCACAUAAUAAAACAACAAAGGCUUAGUAACCAAGGUAUACCUGUUUCUUCAUUUGUGCAAUAUUACUUUAUUGGGGCUCUCUACUGAAAGGAGAAAAGCCAAACAUUCUGAAAGAAAUAUCAGUGAAACAGUCUGAUUCAAACACCACCUAAUAUCUGAAUGACUGGCUAGUAAGACUGACAAACUCUGCCCUGUUGAAGCAAAAGGUGAAAGAGGUUUCCAUUCAGUGAAGUCAGUUUCACCUGUAGAUUUUAAUGCUCCUUAUUUUUAUGAUUUUUUUAGUCUUUUGCAUAACUUACAUAAUUUCACUAUCGUCAUUAAAUAAAAUUGAUUAGCAAUA